CCCUACCUCCUUCCUCUAAUUUGGUCAGUCUCCGCUUGCUGCUCUCCGUCGUGCUCUCCAGCUCAUCUACAAGCUCUCCCACCUCCAAAACUCGCACGCAACAGCCAUGUCCGAACCGUACGACCCCUACCUGCCCCGUGGCGGCUCUUCCUCAAACCCGGCUGGUCCCGCGGGAAACGCGAAGACAGCGGCCAUUCAGGCCCAAAUUGAUGACACCGUUGGGAUCAUGAGGGAGAACAUCACCAAGGUCGCUGAGCGAGGAGAGAGGCUGGACCAACUGCAGGACAAGACCGACAACCUCGCCGUAUCCGCGCAGGGAUUCCGUCGCGGCGCGAACCGUGUACGCAAGAAUAUGUGGUGGAAGGAUAUGAAGAUGAGGCUCAUUAUUGGCGUGGCCAUCGCCAUUAUCAUUGUCAUCAUCGUCGUGUCAGUGGUCAAGGCGACACACAAAUGAUCGGCUUUCCCCCGUUUUGCUCCCUCUGCCCUUCCGUGGCCCCCGCUCCGACCCGACUCGUAUAUCUUCACCCAUCAUGGCGGGGGCCAUUGUUGUGUUAUAUCUAUGCGCGCGGUCCUAAUUCCCCGUCGGUUCAUAUACUCUUUGGUGCGGAUUCCCGUGUGUUCGUAGGUUUCGAGCGGACUAUACUACCAGAUCUUCUCCUCGCAUCAC